AUGGACUUGGCUGUAGCUUCAGCGAAGGGCAAUCGCUACCAUCGGCCGAGCCGUUCAUGCGGCCUGCUCUCACCGAUGGUUCUACUGCACCUGCCGAAUGGAACCCUGUUUGUGACCAUGCUUCUGGCCGCCGGCUUAACCUUCACGAUGGCCAAUCGAUCCUAA